AUGGCGGCCGAGGGGCCGCAGGCGGGGCCGGACACGUCGUUGGUGUCCCUGUACCGCUGGUUGGACACGGUGCCACUGUCGCGGCCGCGCAGGAACAUCGCCCGUGACUUCAGCGACGGGGUGCUGGCGGCCGAGGUGGUGAAAUUCUUCUUCCCCUCCAUGGUGGAGCUGCACAGUUUUGUACCCACGAGCUCUACGGCGCAGAAAGUCGCCAACUGGGGCCACCUCAACAGGAAAGUGCUGAGUAAGCUGAAUUUGCGCGUCCCGGAGGAGAUGAUCCAACAGCUGGUCCAGAGCCGGCCGGGAAUGGCCGAGCAGCUCCUGCAGCUCCUGAGGGAGAAAAUCCAGGAGAGGCAGAGGCAGAGGAAGGUGAGGGAAUCCCCUGGGAAUGGGGAAUUCCCGGAAAUGGGAAUGUCCCAGAAAAUGUUGGACAUUGGGCCCCCAGCAGAGCCAGCAGCGCUGGAGGAGGGCGGAUACCUGGACACAGUGUCCCUGGGUGUCCCCACGGAUCCCUCUGGGGACCAGCACAUUCCCAUGGGAUCGGGGGACGGGAUUUGGGGUAACCCCCGGGCCACAGGCGGGCUCGAUGUCGCCACGUCCCUGUCCUGUGGCCGCGCCAGGGGGGUGCCAGCCCAGCCCGGGGCUGUCCUUGGGGACAUGCGACAGCAGCUGGAGGAGCGCGAGCAGGCGCUGCAGCUGGCGAGGGACACGAUCCAGAUCCUGCAGGCCAAGGUGGGGCGGCUGGAGCAGCUCCUGCUCCUCAAAAAUCUCCGCAUCGACGACCUGAGCCGGCAGCUGCAGCAGCUCCAGGGCCAGCGCCGCUGA